UGUAACAAGUCGCGGAGGAUCGCUCACACAGAAAGUCAAAAUGUUGCUAAAACCGUCUAAUUCAUCAGAGUUCAAUAAAAUCUUGUCUGAUUAUAAAUCGUGUGUACUUGUGGUACACUUCUCUGCAGAAUGGUCCAAACAAUGUGAGCAGAUGAAUGAAGUACUUGCAGAGAUAAUGAAGGAUGUCCCUUCUGUCAAUAUCAAGUUCAUUGUAGUUGAGGCCGAGGGACUACCAGAGGUCUCCCAAAAAUAUGAGAUAGAGGCUGUACCAACUUUUGUGUUCAUCAAAGACGACAGUGUAGUAUAUCGCUUGAAUGGUGCUCAUCCUCCUGAACUGACCAAAAAAGUGAAAACGUUUGCUGAAAGUAUGACAGGAGUUGCUACUGCCUCGUCUCCACCUGCAGAAGAGGAUUUGAAUGCUCGGUUGAAGACGGUAAUAAAUCAAAGCCCAGUUAUGCUGUUCAUGAAGGGAACUCAAGCGGAACCAAAAUGUAAAUUCAGCAGAGAAAUAGUCGGCAUCUUUAAACAAGAGAACGUGAAGUAUGGAUCUUUUAAUAUUCUAGAAGACAACAGUGUUAGAGAAGGUUUGAAAAAAUAUUCCAACUGGCCCACAUACCCUCAGCUUUAUAUCGAUGGUGAGCUGAUUGGUGGUCUGGACAUUAUCAAACAGAUGAUUGAAGACAAUGAGUUCCAAUCUUCUCUUCCUAAGACUGGGAGUAAAGAUAACGAGUCCCAAUCUGUUCUUCCUAAGUCUGGAAGUUUGGAUGACAGGUUAAAAGCACUAGUCAACAAAGCUCCAGUUAUGCUAUUCAUGAAGGGAUCCCCUGAUGCGCCUCAGUGUGGAUUUAGUCGGACCACAGUUGGUAUCCUGAAUGACACAGAGGUAAAGUAUGAAACGUUCGACAUCCUUAAAGAUGAAGAAGUACGGCAGGGUCUUAAGAAGUUCUCUGAUUGGCCAACUUAUCCACAACUUUACGUAAAUGGAGAAUUGAUUGGUGGAUUAGAUAUCAUACGAGCGCUGUUGGACUCUGAAGAAUUGGAAUCAACUUUAGGAUUGUAAGGGAUAGAGAUUUUCAAGGAUUUAGGAGUCUGUCAUUCGUUCGACUUCAGAAGGAACUAUUAUGGCGCUGGACUAAUUGUGCUGGACAGUUAACUGUGCUAAACACGUUUUUACAAAGUCUGUUGAAAUUAUAACAAUGUGGUUGUUUUAUGCUCAUUGUCAGCUUCUACUCUGCAUAUUAGAUGGGGACAGAAAGCAUAGCUCUGCUGAUGUCCCUGUUGUACUUCACAACCAUUUAGUGCCUGUUAGUGAUGCAUCGCAUGUGAAAUGAAGGCGAGGCCUCGAACUAAAUAAAGCUAUGAACGUGUCUUACA